AUGUCUCGGCUAUAUCAGCCGACUGAGCUGAUCUACUGUGCAGGCUCUGUGUGUAUUCCCAACAGAAAGCACGAAUAUCUGCGUCGCAGACGAUGCGAUUUAAAUAAAACCGAGGACAUCGACCACAAUGCACGAGCGCAGGGACCACAGCUCUUUGCCGUCUCUGUGUCCCUAGUCUUGCCACCAGAACAUAUUACUUCGCUGAUCUACAAGCUAAUGAGUGACAGUGAGCCAUUGACAUCGCACCAGGGCCCGAAGGAAACAGCAUCCCGCUAG